GACCAUGGAAAAUCUAAUUUCCCUACCACCACCACGAGUAUAAUUUCAUACGAUACAAAAUAUUUCUUUCACUCUCCAAAAUACUCAACCAAUCUCCAUCUCCAUCUCCAUGGAAGCUCCAAAUCUAAACACAGUUCCACCAACCAUAACCAGCCACGUGGUAGCUAUACCAUAUCCAGGUCGUGGCCACAUAAACCCAAUGAUGAACCUCACCAAAAUCCUCGUAUCAAAAAACCCAAACAUCCUCAUAACUUUCGUAGUCACCGAAGAAUGGCUCAGCUUCAUCGGCUCCGAACCAAAACCAAACAACAUUCAAUUCGCCACAAUCCCAAACGUUAUUCCCUCCGAAGAAGGUCGAGCUAAUGAUUUCGUUAACUUCCUCGAAUCUGUUAUGACCAAAAUGGAAGACCCUUUUGAACGGCUUCUCGAUCGGCUUGAGCCGCCGCCGUCGGUGAUUAUACACGACAGUUAUUUAGCAUGGGUUGUAAGAGUUGCGACUAAGAGAAAUGUUCCUGUUGCGUCGUUUUGGCCAAUGUCGGCGUCGUUUUUUCUUGUGCUUAAACAUUAUCAGCUUCUUGAGCAAAAUGGUCAUUAUCCAGUAAACGCUUCAGAAGUUGGUGACAAACGAGUGGAUUAUAUUCCGGGGAACUCAUCAAUUCGUCUAGUUGAUUUUCCACUUAAGGAUGCAAGCUUUCGCAGCCGUAGAUUAUUACAAUUUGCUUUGGCUACCAUACCAUGGGCGGAGAAAUCACAAUAUCUAUUGUUCCCUUCAAUAUAUGAACUUGAGCCUCAAGCAAUUGAUGUUUUAAGACAAGAACUAUCUAUACCAAUUUACACAAUUGGCCCAACAAUACCUUAUUUAACUCACAAUCAAGUAGUAAGCACAAACCAUGAUUAUAUAAAUUGGCUAGAUAAUCAACCAUUAGGUUCUGUUCUAUAUGUCUCACAAGGGAGCUUUCUUUCGGUUUCGAGUGAACAAAUCGAUGAAAUUGCAAAUGGUUUGCGUGAAAGUGGUGUACGAUUCUUGUGGGUUAUGCGUGGAGAGAGUUCGAAUUGGAAAAAUAUUUGUGGCGAUAAAGGGUUUGUUUUGCCAUGGUGUGACCAAUUGAGAGUGUUGAUGCAUAGUGCUAUAGGUGGUUUUUGGUCACAUUGUGGGUGGAAUUCAACUAGAGAAGGUUUGUUUUGUGGUGUGCCUUUUCUUACUUUUCCAAUAAUGAUGGACCAACCUUUGAAUAGUAAGUAUAUAGUUGAGGAUUGGAAAGUUGGGUGGAGAGUGGAAAAGGAAGUUAAAGAGACUGUUUUGAUUAGAAGAGAUGAAAUUGCUAGGCUUGUUAGAAGAUUUAUGGAUCUGGAUGAUUAUGAAGUGAAGGAAAUGAGGAAAAGAGCAAGAGAGCUUCAACAAGUAUGUCAAAGUUCAAUUGCAAGUGGAGGGUCAUCAGAAAAUAAUAUGGAAGAAUUUCUUGGUCAUAUAUUACAUGGAGCCAAACCAUAGAGUAAGAUAUAUUGUCUUAUUGUAAUCUCCCUUUAUAGUAUUAUGUAAUUUCUUUUUUACCGGUCUAUAUUUGUCUUAUGCAUAGACCUGGGUAAUAAUAUAUUUGCUGUUCAAAAUAAAAAAAGUAGUAGUACUACUACAAGGUAAUCAAAGUUUGUGAUAUUCAAAUUUUAGAAUUUAUAUUUACAAGGUUUGUGUCUA